GUCGGUUGUUGAAUGGCGUCAGCAGCUGUGGCGGUGGCGAGUAGUUUGGGGACAUGUGCGCGGUGUUGGUGUUUCUUCUCGAAGACUCGAGCUUUCCGAAGUGAUUAGUGAUUCUCAACCACGACACAAGCCUCGCGACACCUGCAGACCGACACUCGACCCGCUUGACACGCCGCUUCGGUUACGAUGUUAGGAACGCGCUUCCUUAUCCUCUACGGCAGUCAAACGGGCACCGCUCAAGACGUCGCCGAACGAGUCGGAAGGUACGCGAAAAGGUACCGAUUCCGCGUCAGCGUUCAGGCCAUGGACGAGUACUCUAUCAACGAGCUCAUAAAUGAAACACUGGUGCUCUUUGUGUGCGCGACGACGGGACAGGGCGAAGAGCCGGACAACAUGAAGGGCUUCUGGACGUUCCUCCUUCGCAAGAGCUUGCCCGUGGACUCGCUCAGGGGCAUGAACUACGCUGUUGUCGGGCUCGGCGACUCGUCGUACUUGAAGUUCAACUUUACGGCCAAGCGGCUGCACAGGCGCCUCGCCCAACUCGGCGGCGAGUGCUUACUGGAACCCCUGUACGCGGACGAGCAGCACGAGUUCGGUCCCGACGGCAUGCUCGACCCCUGGCUCGAGCAGUUCUGGAAGACGGUACUGGGUCGGUACCCGCUACCGCCGGGACUGCAACCCGUAAGUGAAGACGUGCUACCGGCGCCCAGGUACCGAAUUCAACAGCCCGUGGGUACGAACGACAAACUGAACAUAGUCCAAGAGCCAAAUGAGCAACAAUUUUUAAGUCCCGUUCUCUCGAAUCAGCGUGUUACGAACCCUUCGCACUUCCAAGACGUGCGACUAAUCAAGUUCGACAUCAAAGGCUCUGACAUCACUUUCGUGCCUGGGGACGUCGUGCUGGUGUUCCCGGAAAACUCUGAGGAAGACGUAGCCGAGUUCUUCAACCUGUUUCACCUGGAUCCCAACGAGGUCUUGCAGCUAGUGCCCACUGAGCCUGGAACCUUCCUGCCACAGCUUCUAGCACACCCAACCACACUGGAAACAUGCGUUCGGAAACACUUUGACCUGUCGCACAUUCCGAAGAGGUCCUUCUUUGAACUCUUCUGGCAUUUUGGAGACAACGAGCUGGAAAGGGAGCGACUGCGGGAGUUUGGCACCACCUCCGGCCAGGAAGACCUCAUAGACUAUGUCAUCCGCCCGAGACGGACUGUCCUGGAAGUCUUCACUGACUUCCACCAGACAACGUCCAAGGUUCCGCUCGCCUACCUCUUUGACCUCAUCCCGCCGAUCCGCCCGCGUUCCUUCUCCAUCGCCAACUCGCUGCUCGCCCACCCCGGCGAGAUCCACAUCCUGGCGGCCAUCGUCAACUUCCGCACCAAGCUGAAGAAGCCUCGCCGUGGUCUGUGCACGACUUACCUGGCCGGACUGAAGGUGCCUGAACUUUCCAAAGUGGCCGACCUUCCCAAAGUGUCUAUCGCCGUCAAGAAGGGUUCUUUGAGGAUGCCGGUGAACGGUGCUCCGACGAUCAUGGUCGGGCCCGGUACAGGUUGUGCGCCAUUCAGGGCGAUGAUCCAGGACCGGUGUUGGCGGGAGGUCGGCAGGAACCUUCUGUUCUUUGGGGGCCGGAGCAUGAAAGGGGACUUCUUUUUCGAGGAGGAGUGGAGUGGCCUGGUGGCGAGGGGGCUGCUCGAGUUGGUCACGGCCUUCUCCAGGGACCAGGACCAUAAAAUCUAUGUCCAGCACAGGAUCGCCGAGCACAAGGACAGGGUGCUGAAGCUGCUGUCCGAAGGCGGGGUCAUCUACAUCGCCGGCAAUGCCAAAGACAUGGUUCCCGACGUCCGCAGCACGUUCAGGGCCCUGCUCAAAGAGGCCGGAUCCCUCACCGAAGACGCCGCCGAGGAGCUGCUCAAGAAUUUCGAGAGGUCGAGGAGACUUCAGAUAGAAGCCUGGUCCUAGAAACUCUACGCGUAUUCAUUUCACAACUGAAUCGUUGCAAGACCAGUGGAAAACACUGAGUAGUGCCGGUUAGGAAAAUGGGCUCAGCCUACAUGGUGUUUUUUGUGUUUUUUUUUUUAGUCUUUACUGAUUUGUUUUUUAAAAGCUGUGAAAGCUACACUUGUCGGCUUCGGAUAACUGUCAACAGUGAUUUUAAAGGGGCCCUGCAAGGACUUUUUUUACUGGUUUUUAAUUUGCACCGAACCUGAGCACACUAAACGUAGUAACUUAAUCAAAAUUUUCUUUUCUCAGCUUUCGCAGUAUUUUAAAAGUUCUAGGCAUAUUAGAAUUACAAAAACAAGAAAAAAAUAACCUGCUUCAUGACGUCCUUGUUUGCUUAAGUGGCCGUGAACUAGA